AUGCUUGAUUCACACGUCAUCGGUGUCGUCGUCGAUCUUAGCGGACCCCUUGGCCGUCGGAAUCACGAUUCAUUCGACCGACACCCGACUAUAAGACGGCACGCCUGCUCCCCCGCUGCUCCCCCCCGGACUCUGACUCUGUUUCGUCCAAACACUUCGACCAUCGAGUUCUCUACCGCUUUCGUCCCUGGAAGAAAGAAAGAAUCCUCCGUCGCCGUCGUGUUUCUCCUCGUUCUCCCCACGCUCAACAUCAACCUCGACGCUCAACUUCAUCCUUCGGCGCCCAUCAUGCACUCGGCCGCUCUCGUCGCCCUCCUCGGCGCCUCGGUCGUCUCCGCCGACUCCUACGUCCACAACGUACCGGACCAGAACCUGCAGGAUGUUCAGUUCGACAUGCCAGCCGGUGGAAGCGCCCAGCAGGUCGACCCCCUCUUUGCCCCCGUUUCUCCUCAGGUGAACCAGUCGCCCCAGGUGAACCAGCCUCCCCAGGUGAACCAGUCGCCCCAGGUGAACCAGCCGAUUUCGGUGAACCAGCCUGUCCCGGUGAACCAGCCUGUCCCGGUGAACCAACCCGUUCCGGUGAGCCCGGGUGUCCCGGGGAACCCGGCUGUUCCGGUAAACCCAGCUGUGCCGGUGAACCCGGCUGCCCCGGGGAACCAGAUCCCCCCGGUGAACCAGUUUCCGCAGGCCUCCGUCUCCUACCCCACCGGGAUGCCGAUGCCGACUUCGUCUGGCCCCUCCGUGUCCUACCCCCCCGGUUCUUACUCGUCCGGCUACAGUCCUUCGGCCUUCCCGACCACCGCUUCGGCCUACUGGGCCUCGACCGCGUCACCCGUCUCCCUCGUCACCGAAGUCGUUUCGCAAAUCGUCACCUACUGCCCUGGGCCUACCGUCUUGACCUACAACGCCAGGGUCUACACCGUCACGCAGGCGACGACCUUGACCAUCACCGACUGCCCGUGCACCAUCACUCGUAACCCCUUCCCCCAGCCGUCGCCUCCGCCGCCGAGCGGCAACACGCUACCGCCUCCCGAAUGCGCGAGGGACUGCCUCGCAAAGUACAACCAGUGCAUCGCCGGCCAGAACGCGAACCGCAAUCAAUGUUCCUACAAUCUCACCGCCUGCCUCGGCUACAACCCGUUUGACGCCGCUGGCACUCUCAUCGCCCCCAGCGCCUGCUCCAACCAGCCAGGGCAGCCGAUGCCCAGCUCGACGCCGUCGCCGGAAUGCGCCAGGAACUGCCACGAAAAGUACAACCAGUGCCGCGGCAACCAGAGCGCGAACCGUUCUCAGUGCGCCUUUGAUUUCUCCGCCUGCCUCGGCUAUAGCCCCUUUGACGCUGCCGGUUCUCUCGUCACCCCCACCGCCUGCUCCAACCAGCUAUCCACCUUGUCGACCCUUCCUUCGAGGCCGGAUCAGACCCCUUACGUGACGUACGAGGUUGUCACGCGCCUCGAAACCUACUGCCCGUCUCCCACCGUCUUGAACUACAACAACAAGCUCUACACCGUUUCGCUGCCCGGUACCUUCACCAUCCCCGACUGCCCUUGCACCGUCUCGAAGACUGUCACCCCUACCCCUGGCGUUGGCAGCGCCAACACUGCCGUCAACGGAAUCGCGGACCCCAGCGCCUCCAGUCGGGUCAACGGCGGCUCGCUUUCCGGCAACUCCGUCACUGCCGGCGCUGGCCGUACCGCACCCGCACUCGUCCUGCUCGCCCUCGGAGCUCUUGCCCUUUUCUAA